GUUUCAUCAAGAAAACGAAGAAGAAAAUUCAUGUGUGUUCUAGUUUCACUGCAGUCCACAGUACAGCAUGAAAUCUUACAGAAAUAUUCUUUUGGUAGUGUUUUUGACUCUACCAUCACUUUACCAGACAUUUCCAUGCGUAGAAUCAGUUAAGGAAGUUACAUGUGGAUAUAAAGCAUGCCAUAAGACCAUUCCUGGCAUGAUAAAUGUGCACAUGAUACCACAUUCACAUGAUGAUGUCGGUUGGCUGAAAACAGUGGAUCAGUAUUAUUAUGGAAGUAAACAGUCUGUGCAAAGAGCUGGUGUGCAGUACAUUAUAGAUACUGUGUUAAGAGAGCUUCAAGAAAAUCCAGAUAGAAGGUUUAUUUACGUUGAAACUGCUUUCUUAUGGAAGUGGUGGCUGGAUCAUGAUGAAGUUAAGCAACAGCAACUGAUAGAUCUUAUCAACUCUGGGCAGUUGGAGAUUGUUGGUGGGGCCUGGAGCAUGAAUGAUGAAGCAGCUACACACUAUCAGUCAAUAAUAGAUCAGUUUACAUGGGGUUUGAGGAAACUGAAUGACACAUUUGGAGCCUGUGGUCGUCCUCAUGUAGGAUGGCAGAUUGACCCAUUUGGACAUUCUCGGGAAAUGGCAUCCCUGUUCAGCCAGUUCGGAUAUGAUGGCUUGUUCUUUGCAAGAGCUGAUUACCAAGACCUCAAUAAUCGCUUUGCAACAAAAACAACACAAAUGAUUUGGCAAGGGAGUGUUAACUUAGGUACAGCAUCACGCCUGUUUACUGUGGCUUUCAAUGGCUCAUAUUCUCCACCAUCUGGUUUCUGUUUUGAUAUUAACUGCAAUGAUGAACCAAUUAUUGAUGACAUUAACAGCCCUGAUUAUAAUGUGGAUUCAAGGGUUGCUGAAUUUACAGCCUACAUUGAGAGUUUAGCAUCUCAUCUCCAAACUGAGCAUGUGUUAGUUACAAUGGGUGAUGACUUCAAUUACCAAGAUGCAGCCCAGUGGUUUGUUAAUCUGGAUAAAUUGAAAAAGUAUGUUAAUGCCAAACAAGAAGAGGGAGGACGAUUGAAUGUGUUAUAUUCAACUCCUACUUGUUAUCUGAAAGCCUUAAAUGAAGCCAACAUAACAUGGACAGUUAAAGAUGAUGACUUCUUUCCUUAUGCAAGUGAUGAACACUCCUAUUGGACUGGCUAUUUUGUUUCUCGAACUACAAGUAAAUACUUUGAAAGACAGGCAAACAAUUUCCUUCAGAUCUGCAAGCAACUUUUUGUUCUGGCAAAUGUUGAAGAAGCAUAUGAGAAUCAUUUGAAUAAUCUCCGUGAAGCAAUGGGUGUCAUGCAACAUCAUGAUGCCAUUACAGGCACAGCAAAACAGAAUGUGUUUGAAGAUUACAGUCGUCUCAUAUAUGAAGGUAUUCAACAUUGUGGAAACAUUACUGAAAGAGCUCUCAGUAAACUUUCAUCAUCAGAUCUACCAUUUGUAUCUUGUUUGUUAAGAAAUGUUAGCCAGUGUGAGCCUUCUGAAAAUUCCAAAACAUUUAUGGUUACUGUGUACAAUCCAUUGAGUCACGAAGUAUCUUAUUAUGUCAGACUUCCAGUUCUUGGGACUGCAUAUUCUGUAAGAGAUGCUUCAGGAAAUGAGCUGAAAGUACAAAUGGCAACCAUACCGGACCCAGUCCGCAAUUUGCCCGAAAGAAACAGUAAUGCAACUACUGAAAUUGUAUUUCUGGCAAAUAAUAUUCAACCCCUUGGCUUCCAUUCAUACUACAUUACUGAGCUGCACAGUACAGAUGAUACAAGGCGGAAUGAGUUAGAAAGCUCAGAUACAGCAAUAGGAAAUGAUGUUCUCCAAGCAAUGUUCAAUGAAAGUACUGGUUUGCUCCAGUCUGUUAUGUUCAAUAAUGAAGAAAUAACUUUGCACCAGAAUUUCCGUUAUUAUGAAGGAUGGGCUGGAAAUAAUUCUCAGCCAUCACUAAGGGCUUCUGGUGCAUACAUAUUCCGUCCUUAUGGAACUUCAGUGGAGGUGUCACCUGUGGUGGGAACAAAAUUUUACAAAGGAGAGCUUGUGGAAGAGGUUCAUCAGGAGUUCACUAAUUGGAUAAGUCAAGUUAUUAGAGUUUAUAAAGAUACAAAUCACAUUGAAUUUGAGUGGCUGGUGGGCCCCAUACCAGUUGAUGAUGAUAUUGGAAAGGAAAUUAUUACCCACAUAACAACAGACUUGGUCAACAAUGAAACAUUUUACACUGACUCCAAUGGCAGAGAAAUGUUGAAAAGGGUAGUCAACUUCCGGCCCACUUGGGAUUUAGAAGUUAAUGAACCUAUUUCAGGAAAUUACUAUCCUAUAACUUCAAAAAUAGUUAUAGAGGAUGCUUUUAAAGAUUUAAGAUUGGCUAUUUUAAAUGACAGAGCACAAGGAGGAUCCAGCCUGAGAAAUGGAGAAAUUGAAAUAAUGGUGCACCGUCGUCUGUUGAAUGAUGACGCAAAAGGCGUUGGUGAAGCACUUGAUGAUGAAGCAUUUGGUAAGGGCCGAAUUGCUAGGGGGAAGCACUAUUUGGUUGUUGGUCCAACUACAGGAUCUGGAAACCUAAGUCUUGCGGCCCAGGAGAGACGAUUGGCACAGGAGAAGUUGCUGAGCCCAUGGGUCUUUGUUACUCCACUAAAUAUAUCAUUUGAUGAAUGGACUUCUUACACAACAGAGUUCUCAGGAGUCUUCCAAAAUGUACCAGAAAACGUCCACAUUCUAACUUUGGAACCAUGGAAAAAUAAUACAGUAUUAUUGCGGCUAGAACAUAUACUUGAAAAUAAUGAAGAUCCUAUCCUUUCAAAUGCCACUGUAGUAAAUUUGGAGGAGCUGUUUACAACGUUUGCCAUUAAAUCCGUACGUGAGUCAACACUAGCAGCAAACCAGUGGCUUGGGGAAUAUGGCAGACUCAACUGGAUAGACACAUCAGGUGUCGGUAUGGACAGUUGGGAGGUACCCAAUGAUCUCCCCAAUAUCACUCUCAAACCCAUGCAGAUCAGGACAUUUAUUGUUGAAGUAACUCGGUAAAGCACUGGCAUAUUUACUGAAUAAAUAAUGGUUGCAUAAGUA